AUGGAUAUGGCGCAGCAGGUGCAGGAGGCUCGGGGGCAGUGGGCGAGGGGAUACGGAUCGGGUGGGAGCGGCGGAGGGGAUACGGCAGUGGCAGCGCUGGUGGCCGCAACGGCUCAGGCGGUAGCGGAACAGGAGGAGGGUACGGUGGAAGGCGCGACGACGAUUACGACCCUUACGGAGACAGCUAUGCCGAGCUCGAGGCAGCCGCCGCCAUCGCGAGCGCCGAGAAUGGGCGAGACGAGCGCGGAGCGCCAGAUCAAUCAGGUUGUCGACAUUAUCAAGGUCGACUGGCCCUCCCUCUGCGAAACCGAUUGCAUACCUGUUCAGCUAGCGCUGCAGCUGCUCGACACUAGCUCCGUCGGCCGAGCCCACGAGUACCGAAACUUCCAGAAGACACACAAGUUUUUGCAAGAGUCCCUGCGUAACAUUGUAAACGAGCACCACCAAGGCUUCAACAGCUCCAUCGGCACGUUCCACAAGAUCCAGGAGAGCAUACAAGCAUCGCAGAAGAGGGUCCGCACGCUCAAGGAAUCUCUUUCCUCGUCCAAGGGCAACCUCGCCCAGAGCGAUCCCGAACUCCAGAAAUUAUCCAAAACGUCGCAAAAGUACGACGCGCUGCUCCAGCUCUUGGACGAACUGGAGGAGCUUCGCCAGGUUCCCGAUCAACUGGAGGCGCGCAUCUCGGAAAAACGCUUCCUGACGGCGGUAGAGGUGCUUCAAAACGCUCUCCUCAAGCUCCGUCGACCCGAGCUGGAUGAUAUCGGAGCGCUCAGCGACCUGCGAAGCUACCUCGCGAACCAGGAGACUGCGCUGAUGGAUAUACUUGUCGAGGAGUUGCACGAGCACCUAUACCUCAAGUCACCUUACUGCCAGGAACGGUGGCAAAACCUGGCCAAAAACCAGGGCACCAACCACGACUCUGUAGGCGAUUCCAUCACGGUUAUUCCCUUCCACCAGUUGCUCGAGAAUAUCGAAUUCGAGCAGGCUGUGACGGAAGACCCCGCACGGAACCCAGAGGCCGACACAUUUUACUACAUUGGGCUCCUCGUCGAGUCGCUCAACAAACUCGGGCGGCUCCAGAACGCUGUGGAUGUCCUGAAGCAGCGACUACCGGUAGAGCUCUUCUCGGUAGUCAAUGAAACCAUCAACGAGGUAGACCAGAGGCACCCCAGCUCCCUACGAGGUGGAUCCUCCAACAGCCACGGGCUGCAGAUCUACGGCAACCGCGAAACCAAGAUGCGAGCAGACGUGAUUUACGAUCUUCUCUGGUCUUUAUACGGCAAAUUCGAGGCCAUCGCCGAGGGUCAGCGUGUGUUCCACGAAUCUAUCAAGGCUCUUAUCCGCCGGGAAGGGGCGGGCAAUAACAGCGCCCUCCUCGGCAGUUUCAAGGAACUCUGGAAUCUUUACCAAAACGAGAUACGGUCUCUCCUGCACAACUAUGUGACAACGGACGCGGAUGUGUACGAAUUCAACUCCUCGGCAGACACUGGAAUCACGAUUGGCGGGAGAAAGGAUGCGAAGAAGGAUCUGUUCAAGUUUUCCGAAGCGGACGUCAAAUCCGCCGAGAUGGUGGCCGAGUACGAAGCGCUCGAGGGCAUCAUCCAGUCGGCGGUACCCGGCCUUACUAGCGGCAGUGGUGGCGCGGCGGGCAGCAGGGCGGACAAGAAGGCCUCGCUUAUCGGCAUCCGCUCGUUCAUGGACGGGGCGGCAGCCGAAAGCAGACCGACACCAACUACGAUAGCCCGCAGGCUUCCAAGACCGGCUGAAGAAUAUCGUGCCCCCGGAUCGGACCUGGCGACAAGCACGCUGACGUCGUUCCUGGAUAAUUUCCUGGUCAACGUGUUCCAGCCGCAGCUAGACGAGACCUUGGCGAAGCUGAGCGAGAUCAUCUUUGGCGAGAUGGACUCUUUCCUGCAGGAUCAGGACUGGCGCAAGGUGGCCAAGCGGCCGGUUCUCAAGGGGACGACGGCCUUUUUCGCCGUGGUGACGGCAUUUUGCAAGAUGCUCGCGACGAUACCGCACGACCAGGCGCUCAGCUCUCUCAUCAUCACACAGAUGAUGCGGUACUACGAGAGGUGCCUCGGCUGGUACAAGAGCCUGGUCACCAAGGCGCAGGAGCAGCCCAACGAGCAGCAGAGGAUGCGGGCGUCGGCGAGGAUGGCGCUCGAGCAGAGCGAGAUCAACGAGACGAUGAAGAAGAUUUGGACGGCGGAGGGCGGGGCGGAGGGCGAGCUGCUGGAGGAAGAGAUUCGGCUUCUCAUGCAAACCACCAAGGAGCGGGCUCUCGACCUCAGCGACAUCAUCCAGGACCGGGACACUGUUUCGUCGCUGUGCCUGCUCUAUACGAGCAUGAAGUGGCUAUCGACCAAGAUCUCGAGCCUCCGGCACAUUACUACGCAGGACACGGACUCAUCGAGGCCUAACUUACCACGACAGUCGAGCCGGCGAUGGACGUUGAUGAACGAUCCUGGCAAGGCUACGAAUGAUCAGGGGCCCAUACAUCUUCCCAUGACGCAGGAUACUGUUGCGACAUUUGAUGGCAUCCUAAGCUCCUACAGUGAUCUGGCGCAGGCCGCUUUACUUACACUUCACAUGGAGGCGCGAUGCAAAAUCAUCCACUCCCUGCACAUUGUCCUCUCUCCCGAGACAGCACCGUAUGUGCUCGACCAAGAGGUACGGGAGCCAGAUCCUGAGAUUCUCAGCCUCAACUCGGAGCUUGUCGCAUCCGACGAGACGACUGUCCGGUACCUCCGCGAUAAGGAGAUUACCUUUGUCCGCACGGGGCUCGGCCUUCUCGUCAACAGGUAUCUUGUCGGCAAUGCACCCAUGGCGUCGCCGAUGAACUCCAAGGGCUGCGGGCGCAUGAAGCUCAACGUUCUUGUUUUGCAGCAAAACCUGAAGAACAUUGAAGACGGCGUGGACCUUUCCCGGACGACCAACUACUUUGACCUCUUUAACAAGGGCCCCGAUGCUAUUGUGGCCAAGGCCAAGGAAGUGUCGGAGAUCCAAGCCAACGCCGAGGAAGGCGUGCCGACAGGCGAGGUGUUUACGUACGAUGAGCUCAAGAACCUGAUGGAACUUUGCUAUAGCGAGCAGCUCAACGACCCCGAGAGGGGCGUGACAGCAGCUGCGAAGAGGGAGAUGGCGGACAAGAUGCUGAAUCUGAGCGAGUUCCUGUGGCAGAGCUGA